CCUCUUCGUGUCCUGACUAGUACGUGCGAGCUUCGGAAUGCUACCAUGUCCUGUGACUGACCACUUUAUACACACGGCCUGCGUACGAGCAUCUAUCUCGCCGGGUUUUGUUUGGCUACACUACCGCCAUGAACAUCGUCUCGACACUCGAUCUUCAGCGUGUAUUCAGCUGACUACGUCAAGCAUAGCCGGUUUGCAUCGGGUAUACAAUCGUGUACAUGAAAAUCGAUGUCCGGCUUUGCCGUCGUAAUGAUUUCGUGCCUACCCCACGUUCGCAGCGAACUUGUGAGGCAAUGUCGAGCGCCUUUGUGGCUCAAUCU